AUGCCUGUCACCAACUUCAGCACCCGGGAAAAGUACGUUUACCUGAACGGGUUUGGGUCACAGCACGAGACUGAAGCUGUCAACGGAGCACUGCCCAUCGGUGCCAACAGCCCUCAAAAGCCUCCUUACGGUUUAUAUACAGAGAAACUCUCGGGCACAGCGUUCACCUCUCCACGGUGGGAGAAUCAGCAGUCCUGGCUGUACCGCGUCCUCCCCUCGUCAUCCCAUGCCCCAUUCCACCCCUCGCCUGGAGUUGUUACCAAUGCUGGCGGUGAGAAAUGGCACCAGAUCCCUAAUCAGUUGCGGUGGGACCCCUUUGACCUUGACCCGACUGUCUCUUGGGUGCAAGGACUCCAUCUGGUUGCUGGUGCUGGCGAUGCAACAAUGAAGAGCGGCAUUGGAAUCUUCAUCUUUGCUAUUGGCAAAGACAUGGAUUCCUAUGAAGCUUUUUAUAGUGCGGAUGGUGAUUUCUUGAUUGUCGGCCAACACGGCACCCUUGAUAUACAAACCGAGCUCGGAAGGCUUUUGGUACGGCCGAAUGAGAUUUGCGUGCUUCCCAGAGGUAUCAGGUACCGCGUGAGCCUACCGGACGGUCCAGCAAGAGGAUACAUCCUGGAGCUUUACCAGAACCACUUCCAGCUUCCAGAAUUAGGCCCAAUUGGCUCGAACUGUCUGGCGAAUAAUCGCGACUUUCAAGCUCCCGCCGCUGCCUUCGACAGGGACGUGUCUCACAGCUAUACAAUUCUGGCAAAGUUUGACGGUCAGAUCUUCGCCGCGAAGCAGAACCAUACACCCUUUGACGUUGUAGCAUGGCAUGGUAACUACUAUCCGUACAAGUACGAUCUCGGGCGGUUCAACACGAUAGGAAGCAUCUCGUUCGACCACGUGGACCCGUCCAUUUACACAGUCCUGACCGCCCAAUCUGACCGCCCGGGAACCGCCGUAGCCGACUUCGUGAUAUUCCCACCACGUUGGCUUGUGACUGAAGAUACGUUCAGGCCGCCAUGGUACCACCGCAACACCAUGUCUGAGUUCAUGGGCUUGAUCUCCGGGCAGUACGAUGCAAAGACGGACAGCAGCAAAGGCGGCGGCUUUCAACCAGCGGGAGCCUCCCUGCACAACGUGAUGUCAGCACAUGGGCCCGACGCUGGGACCUUCGAGGCUGCUAGUAAUGCUGAGCUCAGACCAACUAAGGUGGGUCAAGGCAGCAUGGCAUUCAUGUUCGAGUCGUGUCUGAUGGUCGGAGUCACGGAAUGGGGACUCACCAAGUGUGCAAAGGUGCAGCACGACUACACCACGCACAGUUGGGAGCCGCUGAAGCCUCAUUUCUUCGAUCAAGAGCCUGAUGCCGCGCAUCUCAGCAAUGACGAUAGAGCGGCCGUCGAGAAUGGGGCUUGA